AUGCAAACACAAGUAUAUGAGGGUUGUGUGAAAACUGCUUUUCUCCUGCCGAACCACAGAGACCGGGAGUCAAAGUGCUUGCUUUGGGCAUACUGGCUUUUAUUUCUUUCUGUUUUCCUUCUUCUUCUCUUUCUUGUGGAUAUUAUGGCUAAUAACACAACAAGUUUAGGGAGUCCAUGGCCAGAGAACUUUUGGGAGGAUCUGAUCAUGUCCUUCACAGUGUCUAUGGCAGUCGGGCUCGUCCUCGGAGGAUUUAUCUGGGCUCUGUUUGUUUGUUUGUCUCGGAAAAGAGCCAGCGCUCCUAUCUCACAGUGGAGUUCAAGCCGGCGAUCUCGGUCUUCUUACAACCAAGGCCUCAACAGGACUGGACUUUACCGUCACAGCGGCUGUGAACGUCGAAGCAACCUCAGCUUGGCCAGUCUCACGUUCCAGCGCCAAGCUUCCAUGGAUCAAGCUAAUUCCUUUCCAAGAAAAUCCAGCUUCAGGGCCUCCACUUUCCAUCCAUUCCUGCAAAGUCCUCCACUGCCCGUGGAAACUGACAGCCAGCUGAUGACGCUCCCUUCCUCCAGUGCCUCUUCUGCCAUCAAUACCUUCCACAGUCUGAGCCGUCCCGAUUUCCACUGGUCCAGUAACAGCCUUCGCGUUGGCCUUGCGACUCCUCCGCCACCAGCCUACGAGUCCAUCAUAAAAGCGUUCCCAGAUUCCUGAGUAAUCAGGGGGCUUUCCUUGAUAACCUGCUUCUUUCUUUUCUUUCUCUUUUUUUUUUUUAAUGGAAAGGAAAUAACAAAUAACCUAAAGAGAUUUCCGAGAAACAAGCUCAAUAACUGGUGAGGUUUUAAGGCUGUCAUAUGUCCCCGAUGGACAUAACAAUGUAAAACGUAUUUUUAAUACGUGUUUUCCUUGUGCCUCACAAAACGGUAAUUUUUUCCCCAAACAGUUCUGUAUUAUGUCUUUUUAAAUUCAAGGUGAAGAUUUUUAAAGAUUGUGCUUUCAUCUAACCAUCAGUUGUGAAAUAGUAUAUAUAUUCUCAUGAAAAUAAAAAUUACAGGUAUUUUUGGUUUACAAUCCUCGUUCACUUCUUUGAUGUGGCUAUAACGGGGAAAAAUGAGUUUCUCUUUUUCAACAUUUUUUUAAAACACUUUCUAUCAUAAGGAAUUUUAAUUUUACUUUCUUUAGACUGACAAGUGAAUCAUUUUACAAUCUUGGACUUUUUAUGAAUAUUUGGGCACAAAAUGAGAGAAUGUAGGUGGCUGUGAAGUUCCUUGACUCUCUUCACUUAUGAAAGUGAAGGAAUUGAGAAAAUGCAGACAAACUGUGAGUUUUGUAAGAAUUUCCAUGUUUGAUCCUUACUUCUCCCCAAGUUUCCUACUGAGGCUAUCCCUUCCCAUCACUGAGGUGAACUCCUGGAAUCUGCUAACAUGAUUUUAACAUUUCUCAACUUUGUGUAGUUAUGUUGUUACAAAAGCAACAACUCAACUUGCUUGACCUAAAACUCUCUUUCACACUGAGGUUUCCAUUUUUUUCUAGGGGAAUACAUCUUCUUCCUUCGAUUUGAAUCUAGAAACUGGAAAAGCACUUUAUCUAGGGGUCUUGUCUUAUAACUUCAAAACAAAUAAGUGCCAUGGGGAAAAACUUUGUCCUCAACAUAGUUGCUGUGGCCAUAAAGCAUUCUCUCUCCUAGAUAUAUUCAUAAAACAUCAUCCCCUUCUUUGCUAUGACUCUCAACCUCAGAUUCUCUGAAGAGCUGUUGUUGAUCAGCAAACAGAGCUGUGUAUUUAUUGGGGGAGUCCUCUGCCCCAUGAGGAAGGUACAUCCCAAAAGUGGGUACCAGAAAUUUCCAGUGUCCAGAGGUCGGCAGCUUCCCCCUUUCACGUCAGGACUCCAGGCCAGUGAGUACUCUUCAGACGGCCUGUGGUUCCUCUGUGAGACAAGAGAACACUGAGCUGUAGUUGCAUCUGUUCCUAGGAAUGCUGGGAUUUUCAGUGAAGAAAAACAAUUCAUUUCAGCUCCCUCUGUGCAGUGUUCAACCAAGAGUGUCUGAUUGCGGCGACUUUUAUAUAAUAAAGGAUUCCUUAUAGCAUUUCUUUCUUAUUUUUAUUUAGCCUUUGUUCUUAAUGAUUAUUCUUAAUGAUGUCUGUAAAUCGAUGUUCUCUUGUGUAAUAUAUCUGAUUGAAAGGAGGGGGGAAGAAGGAUGGGAGGAAAAAAGGGUGAAGCAGAAGAAAGCAGAGAACAAAAAUUGAAAGGAUGACAAAUUUACUAUAAACUGACUUUUUAAUAAAGAAAUGUAGCAGCCGUCAUGUAGCCAAGUAAGAGUGCAAUACUUGGUUAACCGAGAAGCAAGAUUAUUUUGGGCUUGUCUGUCGUUCUAAAUGCUCAAUCUAAAUGUUUAAUGUGAGAAGUGAGCAAAGCCUAUGGUUUUUAUAAAGAAUUGACACGGGAAAUAAAAACCGCUUCUUCUCUUUCAAAUAAGGAAAAUGAGGACAGAAAUCCUUUGAUGUAUUUAACCAUCUGGCAGAAUUGUGAUUCUCCCUUCCUUAAUUAUAAAGCAAUCAAAAUGAGUAUCUUGUAAAUAUUGUGAAAUGUAUGAAGUGUGAAAUUAAAGCAAGAGCUGGAGACUUUUCUAGUUAUAUGUUUUAUGUGAUGUUUUGUUGAUCAUGACACAAAAUCAAACUGGUAUCU